GGAAUGUUUUGUUACCUUGAAGCGGACAGGCUGGAGGUAGAAGAAGCCCUGCGCUUGCAUAGUCCUCCGAAUAACGUCCCGAACGCCGAAUGAAACCAGUGAUCUGAUCCGUGAGGGCAGACUGUUGGGAAUUUAAAGUCACGUCGGAACGAAAAAGGAAGACAACAAGUGGAGCUGUUGAUCCGGUGGAAUUUAUCGUUCAGCGCCGUCGAAACCCAGGUUUUCCAGCAAGCUAGUUGUGCUUCAGUACAAGCUGUAUGAUUCCUUGCCUUUUUCCGACCGACUUCAAAGUGUUAUAACUAGCAAGAAGAAGUCAGAUGUGUCCUCUGGUAUUUCAUGGACUCCAUGUGAUGCUGUGAGGAUGGGACAGGGUGGUGUUGGAAGUGACUGCAGCCCUGGAGGCUGACAAACCCUCUCCAUCGGCCAGUCAGGAUGCACAUAGCUUCAGUCGUUGUCAGCAAGUUCUGCUUCCUGUUUUCCCUCGCAUUCUGCGGCCUCCUGCUUCUGCUUAUCCCGGCCCUCCAGCCCCCAGCUCGCCAGGUGGACCUGCCUCAGCCCAAACCCCAAAUGAGAGCUACACAAGCAGGCCCAUCACACCACACCAGGGUUCCAGCAGUGUCCAUCCAUGCCAGGGAAACUGACACAGCCAUAGGGCUGAAAGGGAGCUCAGCGGGCCAGGGGGGAUCCAUCAAGACUGAAGUUACCAGGAAUGAUAAGUGGGAUGUAGACUCCAAAAGAGGCCUAGAAAGAUGGGCUCCUCCUGGAAGAAAGGAUGGUGGAAUUUCAGGGUUUAGGUCCCAUGACCUGUUAGAGUUGAAGGAUAUUUUUAUUGCUGUGAAGACUACUAAGAAGUACCACAAGUCCAGACUGGAGUUGUUGAUUCAGACCUGGGUUUCCCAAGCUAAAGAACAGACCUACAUGUUCACUGAUGGUGAGGACAAGCAAAUGCAGAUGAGAACAGGAGCCAACAUCAUCAACACUAACUGCUCAGCAGCUCACACCCGACAGGCUCUGUGUUGUAAGAUGUCUGUGGAGUACGACAAAUUCAUCGAGUCUCAGAAAAAGUGGUUCUGCCAUGUGGAUGAUGAUAACUAUGUGAUUCUGCCCAGCUUGCUGCGAGUCCUCUCCUCCUACCACCAUACCCAGGAUGUCUACCUGGGCCGGCCCAGUCUAGAUCACCCUAUAGAGGCUGCAGAGAGAGUCAAGAGUGACGGAUCAGUGUCUGUUAAGUUCUGGUUCGCCACAGGUGGAGCAGGUUUCUGUAUCAGCAGAGGUCUGGCACUGAAAAUGAGCCCGUGGGCCAGUUUAGGGAAUUUCAUAAGCACAGCUGAGAAGAUCCGACUUCCGGACGACUGCACCAUUGGCUACAUCAUCGAGGCUCUGCUAGAGGUUGCCCUAACACACACACACCUCUUCCAUUCUCACCUGGAGAACCUGCAGAAGCUGCCCCCUGACUCUGUCCUGGAACAGGUGACUCUCAGCUAUGGAGGCUUUGAGAACAGAAGAAAUGUGGUCAGCAUUGCUGGAGGUUUUUCACUGGCUGAAGACCCCACACGGUUUAAGACAGUCCACUGCCUUCUGUACCCCGAUACUGACUGGUGUCCAAAGCUCAAACUUCGAAAGAAAAACUGAAAGCCACUGUGUUUUUAUCCCGCAGCAGUGACACCUGCUGAACCUUUAUCCCACUGCCUCCCUCUGCCAUGUUCAGAUCAAGCUACAUGUAGCUGGGAAUACUGCACGUGUCAUUAAGUGGAUGCCUUUAUCCAAAGCAGCCUCACCCCAUGCUUCAUGAAUGCACAGUGCUAGUGUUUGUUUUUUUGUUGUUGCUUUUUUUUCUCUAGCUUUUGAGAGUUGGCUAUUAACACUAACGUCCAUGUUUCCCAACAGAACUGUCUCUGAUAAUUUAAGCAAUUUAUAACUUCAUGUCAUGGCCACUGUGUAGAAAUUUUUCCAUUUAAUUCCUGAGUAAUCAUGAUUUUUCCUUAGUUUGGUGUGUGACAUUGCACUAAAUGCUACACUUUCUCUGAGUGGUCAUUGCUGUAGACAAGACUCCAUCAAGAGUUAUGAAACAAUGCUACAUACAUGUUACAUUGUUCAGAGUGUAAUCAUCAUUUGCACAGUGUGAAAAAGUAGUCACAUCAGCCUACUAGUUGAAUUACUUAAUUUUAUUUACCUAGUGUAACUCUAGGACAGGUGAUUGGUGUUUAAUAAUGGGAGAUUUUCCCAUUCAUGUAAACACGGUGUGAAUGAAGCGUAAGAGAAUAUUCAAAACAUUUUGUCAAUGCGGUCUGGAACCAACACUGCACUCUAGUUGCUUAAUUGACCCAAAAUCUAAAAGAAAAUUGAUUGAAGCUGCUGAAUAUAAUCCACAUGUUCUACAAAGAUCAACCUCCAGGUUCACUUCACCGUUAGUGGUGUAGCAACAGAAUUUGGAGCUCACUGUAAUUGGAAAUUUGUUAUCGCUAAGCUCUUUGGGACUCACGGUUAACUUCUUUCUUGAAGUUAUGUACAUGUCUUGUAUAUUUGAAUUAUGUUCAGUGAAACUGAUUUUUUUGUACCACUAAUUCCACCAUUAGAAUUUCAAGCCAUCCAAGUGAAAGCAUUCAGAUGGCCAGUCACCUAAAACAGUAUAAACAAAUGAAUAGGACUAUUAUUUCUGGAACAUUGGUCUGUUCAUAUACAGUACCCAGCAUAUUUUGCUACUCGAUUGGUUGAGUUAAACCACAGUGGAUGGAUCCAAGAAUCAGGCGAAGGGAUGUUCCGAAGCUCAAUGAUCAAGGUGUGAAGUAGGAUAAACAUUAGCUAGUACUCUGAAAUCUAGCACUCUUACUAACUAUAGACAUAUAUCCUAACUUACCCUCAUUUGCAAAUUACUUAUGGGGACACUGUAAACAUUCCUCCUCUCCAUAUUGGCUGUGAUGCAAAACUUUUAUAGAGCAAGUUAAUACGAGUUUUCAGCAGGCUGACCCACAUAUCAAGUGGGUAUUUUUUGGUUCUAGCAGUCCCUUGUAUGUUUAUUGCAGGUGUUUGGUCAUGGCACCAAACCUACAUGGGACUACCAUGAGGAAUACCUCUGCCAUGGUUCAGCAAAAAGACUGUCUGUGUACACACAAAGAAGAAAUUUUGUACCACAAAGAUUUGACUUUAAUCCAUUUUUGCACCAAUCAAGGACUGUGCAUUUUGUCUGCUAUAUCUUACAAUGCAGUCUUGCUGUGAAGGGAUCUCUUCAUUGUCAGUGUGGAGAAAUAACUACAGCACUUUUAGGGUACAGAUGGUCAUGUGAGUGUUGUAUUAAGAAAACUCAAAUGUCUGAAACCUGUCAUUUCAGUUUACUAGUUCGGUAAACUAGUUAGCUAGUCUACCAGUAUGGUGUGACUACUAGUUUGUUAAUUCAAAGAACUUAGAAUGCAUAUCCAGUGCUGGCCUCCACCUUUCCUACUCCCUGCCUUUAUCAUUGGUUCAAUGAUAAAGGCAGAAAGAAGGUAAGAUUAGCCCAAUUCAUAGGUUCAAUCCACUGUGGUUUAACUUUACCAAUAGAGUCGCAAACUGAGCUGGGUUACUGGCCGAGGCCAUAGAAGUGAUAACCCUAAAAACUCUGAUGCUACCCCGUGGUUAUAGAUGACCAUAAAAGAAGUCACUGCAUUCAGAGUUCCUGCUUUGCCAGAUAGCUAUCUUGUGCUCUGAAAUGUGAUGGUUCUUUGGCUGUUUUUUUUUUUUUUGUUUUUUUUUGUCUCAAACAUGAACUGAACGGAAGUUUGGUGUGAUCAGAAAUGAGAUUAUGUUUGUGCACUUGACAAAACCUCUGUGUAAGGUUUGUCUGCUGUGUGGGCAACCAUUUAUUUCAGUCUAUUGUAAUUAUGUUGACACCCUCAUAUUCUCAGCUAAAUACCUUCUGCUUCUUAAUGUUUAUAGUUUUGCACAACUUUGAUUGUCACUUCCUGUAUGUUACUGAGUGUAUAUGAGUUUACGUCUUUUCUGGCGUUUUUUUUUGUUGUUUGUUUGCUCUUGCAUAUUCACUUUUUUACAUAGGUUGCAGUUGUAGCUCUGUGUAUGCUUCUUUAAGGCACAGUAACUCUGGAGGCAGAGCAGUUUGUGUAUUGGAGAUAUGAUGCAGUCAGACCAAAAAAAAAUCUGCCUGGCAAAUUUCCUUGUGUGGUGUGGCGAAAAGCAGGAGGGUAUAGGAAAUAGUGUAGGUGGGUUUUAAUCAUAACCCGUAGGAGCUAGCAUGGCUAGUGGGCUAACAACAGCAAGUGUCAAAUCACCAAGUGUCAAAUCAAACAUUUCUGUCACUGUCCUCACACUCACUGCAACCAAGCAGCAUCCCUCCUUCUCUGCUGCUUGUUUUUCUUUCGCCUUGCAGUUAUAAAACAAGAAUAUAAAAAAAACCAAAUUUUCCUAAAUGAGAGGUCCGUCCCACCCCCUCUCUAAGUGGCUGGACAUUGGAGAAAGUAGAGUUAGAAUGAACUCUGUGCAAAGCAAAGGAUCAAUAUGUGACUGGAAGUGAAUGUUUCUUGCCCCGUUUCACAAAGACAUGAAUGGGAAGUGAAUUUUGGUCUGACUGCACCAUUUGACCUCAAUGGGUGGAGCCAAAGAAUGUCUCAACAACAUUGCAAUGGAAUUUGGUAUGUAGGGUCCCUAGAGGUUGGUUUGUAAUAAUUUGAGUGAUCCCUGACCUUUAUUUUAGCACUACCAUAAGGUCAAAAUGUUGAGCAACACUUUGGUACAAGAUAAGGUAUCAUAAAAGUGGCUGGAUGUCCCGGCCUGUAACCUGCGUGACUUUCAAUUUAAAGUGUCAACAUUAAGGCCACAGUUUUAACACUUGUACACAUAAAAAAUGAAUUCAAAUGGUUUGCAUCACCAUCAGGAGAUAUUUUACAAUUGUACCUCUGUGGAUAGCAAAUUAUUAGUCUGUUCUUUAGUUCCCCAAACUACAACCUACUAGCAGGGCUGUGGACCUUUAACCUUAUUUUUAUCAGCAAGGCCACUGGUGGGGCUCUAGGGAUGGUAAUAAUGGUCGGUCAGCCCACCACUUUGGUCCAGACUGAAAUACCACAGAAAAUAAUCGGAGGAAUAGCCAUAAAUUUUGGAUCAGACAUUCAUGCCCUGGAUAGGAUAUAUUUUAAUACUCUGGUGAUCCAUGGACUUUUCAUCUAGCACAAAAAAAUCAGGUCAAGAUUUUAAUUUUUCCAAUACGUUGGUUCAUGACUAAAUACCUGCAAAACUAAUAACAUUCCCAUCAGUCUUAGAUGCAAUUCGUGUUUAAUGGUAAUCAGCGAAUGUUAGCAUGCUAACACGGUAAACCAAGGCGGUGAACUUGGCAAACAUUACAGAGCACUGCUCUACCUAAGUAUAGGCUUGCAUACCCACUAGCGAGGUUGUAGACUCUCAGUUUUGUUUCCAGCCAAAGCCGUUAGACCCAUCAUUUUAGAUCUGUUUCUUCUUUUGAAUACAGGUUUGUGGUCUUGAGCUCUGACAACCUGGUUCUUUGACUCCACCCGCUCAGGUUACACACACCUACGUCAGUAUUUCUGCCUGUAAAAGAUAUUUGUGUAAAACACCUGUUUACUUUUUUCCACACAAAACUAAAAUCCAAAAUCCAGAGGAUAUGUCUCACUGCAGGUCAGUGGGCAAGACUGGCGGAGAGAAGUGCUUUUAUAAACUGUUAACCACAGAUGUAAAAUGUUGUUUGAAGA